AGAGAGGAGAGAGAGAAGAGAGAGGAGAAAGAAGAGACAGAAGAAAGAGAGGAGAGAGAGAGGGAAGAGACAGAAAGAGAAGAGAGCGAGAGAAAAAGAGAGAAGCGAGAGAAAGAGAAGAGAGAAAGGAGAGAGAGAAAGAAGAGAGAGAGCCAGGGAGAAAGGCCCCGAUCCCCGGGGGCCAGCCGGCGUGGCUAA